GGACGCGUUCUUCUCACCCUUCCCUCUCGAGCUUUCAUGGAUCCAAAUGACUUGGAUGAUCUCAACGGAUUGCUUGAUCACGAGGCACAGAUACGAGAAGUAUAGCUCAUCGUUUCUAGCACGAGCCUUCUCGCCUGACGAGUCUGCCGUGAAUCCCCAGAAAAUAAGAGAACAGAUCACCGAACUCGAUAUAAAGACUCGUAGAAUGAAUGGGAAGUUGAACCGGAUUCACUCUACCCAGCGGGACGCAAUCCCUGCCCUUGUUGAUUCCAUUCGUCCGAUUCUGAGCAGCUGUCCUUCGACAAUCGCUGCGCUAGCGGUGAUCAUUCCCGCUCACCAAUAUUGGCGUUGGAAAGAUAUGUGGUGCAACUCCCUAAGGACGACCGUCUUUGUGGCCUCUCUUUGUCAUUACCUUACUGAAGGGACUCUGAUCUCCCUAAAACAAACGAGCGACAUCCUUGGAAUGCAGGAUGAGUGGAAGGACCGAGUUGCGUUGUCUGCCGAAGAUUAUCUCCAUGGUAUCAUAACCUUGGUCAACGAACUUUCGCGACUAGCCGUCAAUUCCGUUACUCUGGGAAAUUAUGAAGAGCCCUUGAAGAUAUCUUCGUUUGUUAAGGAUAUAUUCGCGGGUUUCUCCAUGCUAAACCUGAAGAACGACACCUUACGGCGGAGAUUUGAUAGUCUCAAGUAUGACUUGAAGAAGAUUGAAGAAGUGGUGUAUGAUGUCUCAUUGAGAAAGCUGACCCCACCUUCGAAGUGACGAAGAAGACCUCAAGUGCAAGAUUUUGUCUAGCAUAAUGCCGAAAUAUGUAUAUCCAGAAUGUCUGCAAUUUUAUCCCCCUUAUCCCUUG